AGGUCCCUCGCAGGCCGCUGGCCCGAUCCCCACCACUUUUUUGUGGUCACACGCGCCGGCUUCUCCUUCAGUCCUUCUCCCGCUUCCGCUUCCGCGAUGGUAUCCUACCAUCCCUCCCUUCUCCGUCCAUCCGUCCUCAUCGCCCAGGCCAGCGGCAUCGGCCGGUGCCCAACACUCAACGCCUUCCUUUCCACCCCCGUCGUCUCCGCGGUGCCACUUCGCCUGCGGCCUCUGCGCGCCGCCGCCGGUGGAGCAGCCUCGCCGGUCAGUGGCGAUGGAGGCAAACGCGCUGUUCCGCCGCCUGCCGCGCUGCUUGUCUUCGCGCGUAGCAACUUCCUCCCGCUUGCUCUCGUUAGUGGGGUGAUAUUUGGUCUCCUAGAUCCUACUCUUGGAUGCCUUGCUCACAAAUACUCUCUGUCGAAGUUCAGCACUUUUGGGAUAUUCAUUAUGUCAGGACUGACCCUGCGAACGAAGGAGCUUGGUACAGCAUUAGAAGCUUGGCCUGCUGGAUUAUAUGGAUUAGGAUCUGUUUUGCUCUUUACGCCCUUCCUUUCUCAAUUUAUCAUGCAAGUUCAGUUCUCCCCUCGUGAAUUUAUCACUGGAUUAGCUAUAUUUUGCUGUAUGCCAACAACAUUAUCAAGUGGAGUCAUACUAACACAGCUUGUUGGUGGUAAUUCUGCACUUGCUCUUGCGAUGACAGUUGCAUCCAAUUUACUUGGCAUUAUAAUCGUACCUCUUUCUCUUGCAAGAUACAUCGGCACUGGAGCUGGGGUGUCUUUGCCUACUGAGAAGUUAUUUAGAAGUCUGGUCACCAGACUUCUAAUCCCUCUUAUUAUAGGGAAGGUUGCUCGAGAAGCCUCAAAAGGUAUUGCUGAUUUUGUUGAUGGAAACCAACAAGGAUUUUCAGUUGGAAACGCGGUGCUUCUUAGCCUAGUCCCAUGGAUUCAAGUAAGUAAAUCAAGAUCACUGAUCUUAUCUGUUCAAGUGGAAGCUUUUGCUGCUGCUAUUACUGUUGGAGUGCUUCUACAUAUUGCACUGUUGGCUUUCAACAUUGCAACGUUGCAUAUCUUGUCACAUCUUGAAAAGAAAGGGGAUUCAGUCUUUGCAAAGAAAGAGUACACACGAGCUGUCAUUUUGGUGACUAGUCAGAAAACAUUGCCAGUUAUGAUAACAGUGGUUGAGCAGCUUGGAGGAGCCCUCGGGGAGUCCGGACUUCUAGUUAUCCCUUGUGUUUUUGCACACAUUAACCAGAUCAUUAUCGAUUCUAUCAUAGUAAAUUGGUGGCGCCGGAGGGAUCAACAAUUUAGUAAUCCAAAGUAACUCCAUAAUUCAAUUUUGGCGUGCAAAACAGAGAAUUAGUCAGGAAUUGCUGACUGCGAGGCUGAUUUUGUGAAGAUGUAAUUGUACUUGUCCAGCAAGUUCAGUAAUGGAAGAAUUGCUGACUGCAAAGCUGAUUUCGUGAAGGCCGUUAUAUAUGUCUUCAAAGCAGGAAAAUGAAUUCAUCUCCAAUUGACAGGCUUAUUUGUUUGAGGCCUGAGUGGGUGCUGUUGUAGUGGCCGUUAUGUUUUCCUUCACAUCUAAAACUGAAUCUCCACAUAAACAUUAUUAAAUGUCCAGAUUUAGGUUAAGUAAAACCUACGCCCCUCUUUGGUAGUGCUCCAUACGGAUCUAGCUCCUCUUUGAGUAGGUGGUGAUCCUUAAGGGUUUUAGGCUUCGCUGGCUUGUUAGUAUGAAGUAUGACUAUAUUGUUGGUAUUUCACUCAA